GCAGUACCGGUAUAAAAGAGACGAGAGGAGAACAAACGGCACAAAGACGCAAAGUAAGACAGCAGAAAAGAAGGACGUGAGAAAGUCAGCAUCAGCAGCAAAUAACAAUGGCAGACACAGCAGUUGCGACCCCCGCCGACAAGAAGGCUCCCCCCAAGUUCAAGCAGAGGACCACUCGCACGUUCAAGAGCAAGGCCCCUAAGCCAGGCCAGAAGGGAUUCGGAGACGACAUUCCCGGCAUGGAGGGCCUGGGCACGGACAUCACGGUGGUCUGUCCUUGGGAGGCCUUUGGUGACAUGGAGCUCAGUGAUCUGGCUAAAUACGGAAUUGUUUAGAAGGCCUCCUCCACCGAUGUCAUUCCUUUCUGCUCUGAUUUACCUCAAACCUGUUCUCCACUUGACCCCCCAUCCAUUACCAAACUACCUCAUGUCAUCUUAGGCAAAUGUCAUCUUGAAAAACUUUGUGUAGCCCACACUAAUACAAAUGUACCAUAUACUACUGUAUAUCAUACAUACAGUACAUAUACCGAAAUACUACAGUUGUAUGUGACACCCCCCUCCCUCGUCACUUUGCACUUUUAGAUGCAUCUUUAAUGUCCUUUAAUGUGUCUAUUAGCACUUCUAUCACCAUUGCCUCCUGUACCCACUUUCCUUUUCCUGCCUUUAUUGCUCCACGGCACCACCCCUUCUUUUGAGCUAUGAUUUAUGUAUUGUACAGAUGUAUAUUUAUUUUCAUGAGCUACUUCAUACGAGUGUCAGCCUGCAUGACACAAUAGCAAUGGCAGCCAUGCACAGUCAUUAAAGACCUGUUCCCAGA